AUCCUGAAAACAUUAUGUUUAUGAUUGAAAUUUUAUGUCUCAUUAGAUGAUGGAUAGUUAAUGACUGCCUAAAACGAUAGUCUUCCGUCAAUAUUAUUUUUAAUCAUGAUUUAACUUAUUAUCGAUUAUUGUGAACUUGGUUGUAGUUUUCGUGAGAAUAGUCAAAAUAAGCUAUUUUCAAGCUGUUGCUCUAUCUGUUUUUUAGUUCUAGACCUAAUCAUCAAAAUCUGUGCCUGAGAUAAAUCUUCAAAAAGAUAGCAUUUAAAUGGACUGUCAACGUUAUUCAGUGAUUAUUUGUUAGUAAUUUUGUUUGUGAUUUUUUUAGUUUGUAAUGGUCUGUAUUUAUAAAUGGCAGAAGAUAAUGAACCAAGUGUCUCCUGUGCAUCUCUUGAUACAAAGACAACUGAUGAGGAGACCAAUCAGUUGUCUUUCCAGACAACAUCAAAUCAACCGUUAACUUUUGAUGAUGUAUGUUUGGCUAAUAAGGAAAGAAGUUCAACUCCAAGCUCACAUUCAAGCCAGGAAGUUGGACUAUCUGGAUCGUCGACUCCAUUGGGGACACCAUUUCAUGCUUCUAAUGAAAGCUUAAUCAAAGAUCUUUUGGGGUACAGGGUUGCUAUUGACGAUGACGAUGACGAUGCGAUGACUUCAGCUGGUUCUCGUUCGACUCACAAUGAAAUAACGGAUGGUUUUUUAUUGGAUUUAAAAAACAUUGAGGCUAAUUAUGAGGCCAAGGUUGCGGCAGUAGUUGAAGAGAAAAAUGAUCUUGAAAAGCAGUUAAUUGAGUUGAAGGAGAAAUUCAAUCACCAGGAAGAAGAGUUUAAAAAGACUGUCGAAGAUAUCAAGUUAACAUUCAACUCUCGAUUAGAGAAAUGUACCAAGGAAAGAGAUGUGUCUCGAAAGGAUCUCGAAUCAAUGGUAGUUAAAUAUGCUAAAAGUGAACGAGAUGUUAUUGUAUAUAAAAAAGCCAAGGAUGAAGCUGAAAGGAAGUCACGAGAAGCAGUUAAAGAGAAGGAAUCUCUUGUAAAUAAAGUAAAAAGUUUAACCUGUGAUAAAAACUCUCUUGUUAAGUCAGUUGAAACAAAACUGUCUGAAAAUAUCCUUCUCCAGAAAGAAAUUGAAAAAAUUCGUGAAGAAUUGAAAGACCGAGAUCAAAAAUGGAAACAAACUCAAUCCAAACUUGCAUUUGAGAUAUCUGACCACCAUGAAACAUGUAAAAAGCUUGGAAGUGCUUUAGCUUUAAUCGAAACUUUGCAAAACAAGACCGAAUCAUCCUCAGAUGCUGGACUUACAAAUGAUCGUAGUAGAAGCAGUAGUAGAAACGAAAUGAUUGGCGAAAAUACGAAUGUGAAUGACAAUACCUCAACAGCUGUUUUGCCCUCUUUCAGUAUUACAACAUCUGAAGAAAACGAUGAGACAAAAGAGUCUAACAGUGAACAAAAAUCAGAUUCGGAGAAAACAAAUGAAAGUAAAGAUGAACACAAAGUUCUUAGAAACAAAUGUAUUUCUUUGGAAUCAGAGAAUCAUUCUUUAACCAGAAAAAUUCAAGCUUUGGAAAGAGAAAGAUUGGAUCAUGAAGAGGUUGUCUCUAAACUAAAAGAAUCAUUGAAUAAGCUUAAUGGUGAAGUACUUGAGUGCAACUUAAAACUUAAAGACAUGGAAGAGCUUAAAAUUAAUUUACAACAUCAAAAAGAAAUGGUCGAAAGCGCUAAAACGGAAUUAUCUAGGGUUACAGAGUUGAAUUCAGAAUUGACAACUGAAAUGGAAUCAUGUCGACACAAAGAAGGUGAACUCCUUGAAUUCACUGAAAGAUUAACAGCAAAGUCAGUUUUAUUACAAGCUGAACAUAAUGCCUUGGAAGAAAAAUAUUCAGCACUGUUGGAAAAAUUCAAUUUUACCAAAAAGCGCCUUCAAGAAUUCGAGAAAGAAAAUACUGUUUUAACCGAAACACUUGCUAAAGAACGUGACGAUCAUGAAAAGGAAAUCAAAUUAAUGGCUCGUAAAGUUGCUGAAAAAAUGGAAUUGAUAACUAAAUAUAAAACUCGAGUUGAAGAAAUUGAAAAUGAAAAUAAAGUGAUGAAAAAACGCCAUCUUAACAGCAUAAGAGAAUUGAAUAAAGAAUUGUUAAUCAUGAAGAAACAUAUGGAAACUUGUGAAAAUGAACAAUCAACGAGUACUCAUAGAAAGGAGAAUGGAAAUCACAAUUCAGAUACUGUGAGUAAUAGUUCAAGAAGUAGUACAUCGUCAAAUGAUGCAUCAACAUCCAAAGGAAACACUUUGAAUAUACCAAACAUCUCUAACUCUGACAUGAAAUCAGUGUCCAGUGCUAAUGGUUCAACUUCAUCAACCUCUGUUAAUGACGAUUCAUUAACCAACAAAACUGGUGAAACAGAUCUUAUACCUCAUGUUGAUAAAACUAUGUUAAUCAACAAAAUAUUCCGUCUACAAAAGACUAUUGCCAAAAAGCAAGAAAAGAUUGAUUAUCUGGAAGAACAUAAUCAUCAACUAUUAUCAGAAAUGAAGAAAAAGACCAAAUUGAUUCAAUAUUAUAUUCUUCGUGAAGAAUCUGGAGCUUUAACUACCAAUCGAAUGGAUGAAAAUAAGAAACAAUUGGCUAAACAUGGAUCUACUGUGAUGACAUCAUUGUACAAAAGUUAUCCGACUGAUUCAGCUAUGACUCUAAACCUUUCCCUUGAAAUCAAUAAAAGAUUGCAAGCAGUAUUAGAGGAUACGAUACUCAAGAAUAUCACUUUAAAAGAAAAUCUUAAUACACUUGGUGAAGAAAUAGCUAGAUUAAUGCAACAAAGAAAUUCUCCUGAUCGCGGUGCUUCAACCAAGGCUGUAACCGUUGAUUGAACAAGAUUUACGCAUCGAAACAAGUUAAACAUUUAGUCAUUGCAGCUCUGAUUUUAAUAAUCAAACAAUUUACAAGCUUAUUUCAACUGCCUCUAGCUUUGCGGGCUGAUAUAUUUCAACAAUGUGUAUUUUGCUUGUAAAUGAUUCGAACUAUGACCAAAAUUGAUUUGAAGCAUUUAUUUCCAUCAAUUAUUGGAUAGAUUAAUGUAUCCGUAAAGCAACAAGUCUUAUGUUUGUAUUAUUUAUGAAUACAUUUACUUUACUGUAUAACUUGUCCAACAGCUUUAUCAACUUGGAAAUAAUUGAUGAAACUCAAUUGAAUCAAUAUUUACAAACAUUGUUGAUAUUAAUCAACACAAUGUUAACUAUAAUUUUAAUCAACAAUCUAAAAUACUUUUUUUACCAAGCCAAGUGUGUAAAGGGUUGUUAAGUACAAGUAAAUAUUAUUCCACAAUAA